CAUUGUGGCUUCCCAUGCGUCCAGAAACGACCAUGACGACCCUUUAAUCAUCCUUCCACAGGUUGAACCUCAUGCUUUCUCAGCCUUGGCGAGAGUGGCAACCCGCCAUGAAGUAGCACAUAUAUGAACGACUCACUUCCCGCUCUCGGGUCCGUAACAUAUGUGAAUCUGUAGAUCCCUUCAAGUUCUCAAACUUCCGUACAGACAAGAUGAAGGUCCUCUCCCUCCUCGCCGCCGCCUCCGCGGCCUCAGCCCACACCAUCUUCGUCCAGCUCGAGGCCGGCGGUACCACCUACCCGGUCUCCUACGGCAUCCGGACUCCGUCCUACGAUGGUCCCAUCACCGACGUGACCUCCAACGACCUUGCCUGCAACGGAGGCCCCAACCCCACCACUCCCUCCGACAAGAUCAUCACCGUCAACGCCGGCAGCACCGUCAAGGCCAUCUGGAGACACACUCUCACCUCCGGCGCCGACGAUGUCAUGGAUGCCAGCCACAAGGGUCCUACCCUUGCAUACCUCAAGAAGGUCGAUAACGCCCUGACUGACACUGGUAUCGGCGGUGGAUGGUUCAAGAUCCAAGAAGACGGCUACAACAACGGCCAAUGGGGUACCAGCACCGUCAUCAGCAACGGUGGAUUCCAGUACAUUGACAUCCCAUCCUGCAUCCCCUCGGGCCAAUACCUCCUCCGCGCCGAGAUGAUCGCCCUGCACGCCGCCUCCUCCACCGCCGGCGCCCAGCUGUACAUGGAAUGCGCGCAAAUCAACAUCGUCGGCGGCACCGGCACCGCCUCACCCUCUACUUACUCGAUCCCGGGUAUCUACAAGGCCACUGACCCUGGUCUCCUCGUCAACAUUUACUCCAUGGGCACGAGCAGCGCUUACACCAUUCCUGGCCCGGCCAAGUUUACCUGCAGUGGUUCCGGAAGUGGUGGUGGUGGUGGUUCUAACCCCAGCCCGGGGACGACUACUACCACCAGCAAGGUCAGCUCGGUUGUGGCUACGAGCACUACUAGCAAGGCGGUUGCUACCAGCACUACGCUGAAGACGAGUGUUGUUGCUCAGCCUACUGGUUGCACGGCUGCCCAGUGGGCGCAGUGCGGUGGGAUUGGAUUCUCUGGGUGCACUACCUGUGCGAGCCCGUAUACUUGCAAGAAGCAGAAUGAUUAUUAUUCGCAGUGCUCGUAAGGGUUGAGGGCAUACCACAUAUGCGAUGGAUGUCAGGCAAAAAGUCAAGUCUGGGUGGGAUGGGGGAUGAAUGAUCCAGGUUGGUCUCCAGAAGAGAAAUGAACAUGAUGAUGAUCUCGGUUGUAGGGAGGAUGGGGAUGGGAAGCGAGAAUAUCUACCCUACACACAUACUACACAAAUGACAAAUCCCCAUAUUUGUUU